UCUCGGAGAUGAACUUGUAUUUGCCAUAAGAUCUCCUUCUUUUCCCUUCUCUUCCUUUCUUUUCCCCUCCUUUCCUUUCUCUUCUUUUCCAUUACUAACAAUGAACCAAACAAAGCAUUAGUGUAUACUAGUUGAAUUUCCUGCUAAUUUUGGCUCUUGGGUUUCCCUUACAACACAAUUUGCCAAACACGCCCUCAGAAAAAAACUCUUCUGCUAAUUGUCUGAUCAAAUAGUUCUUCUCUUUAAACCCUUGAUCUGCCGAGAAUUUUAGAGAGAGAAAGAGAGAGAUUUAGUAAGAAAAAGUACAGGAGAAAAAAGGGGGUGUUUUACAACUAUGUCUUUGGGGUAUGCUGAGAAGCUUUCGUACAUUGAAGAUGUGGGCAAAGUUGGGAUGGCUGAAUUUUUCGAAUCACCUCGCAUUUUACAAGAGAAAGUAGGACAACUUGCGAAUAUGAUUCGAAAGAGUAAGCAUAUGGUUGUAUUUACUGGUGCUGGUAUUUCUACUUCUUGUGGAAUUCCUGAUUUUCGAGGUCCCAAGGGAAUCUGGACACUUCAGCGUGACGGCAAGGCCUUACCUAAAGCAGCUUUGCCUUUCAAUCGAGCAAUGCCUAGUAUAACCCAUAUGGCUCUGGUUGAGCUAGAAAAAGCUAGUAUCCUCAAAUUCGUUAUUAGUCAGAAUGUUGAUGGUCUCCAUAUUCGGUCCGGGAUACCACGGGAAAAACUUGCAGAGUUGCAUGGGGACUCCUUUCUGGAAGUUUGCUCAUCUUGUGGAGUCGAAUAUGUACGAGAUUUUGAGAUUGAAACAAUCGGAUUGAAGGAAACACCCCGGCGUUGUUCCGAUACAUCUUGUGGUGCAAGAUUAAGGGAUACUGUUCUUGACUGGGAGGAUGCAUUACCCCGAAAGGAGAUGGAUGCAGCCGAAAAGCACUGUAAAAUGGCUGAUCUCAUUUUGUGUUUAGGGACAAGUUUGCAGAUUAAACCUGCUUGCAACCUGCCUCUCAAGUGUCUUCGUGGAGGGGGGAAGAUUGUUAUUGUGAAUCUUCAGGAAACUCCUAAAGAUAAGAAAGCAAGCCUUGUGAUCCAUGGGCUUGUAGACAAGGUGAUUGCUGGUGUCAUGGAAAGUCUUAUUCUACACGUUCCUCCAUUUGUUAGGAUAGACCUUUUCCAGAUUUUUCUUAGUCAAGCUGUUAGCUCAGAUAAAAGAUACAUGAACUGGAACCUUAAGGUUGAAAGCGUACAUGGAAACAGAGCUCCACUGCCAUUUGUUAAAAGUGUUGAGGUCUCCUUUGUUGACAGACAAGAUCUGAAAGCUGCUGUGUUAGACAAGCAGCCAUUUGUGCUGAAAAGGAGGUUUGUGAGAAUUGUGGAACCAUUUGAACUGGUAUUGAAAAUCAACUUCAUUGAUGCCUGCCGUUGUCGCUAUGCACAGAUUAAAAUUCCCGUCAAUUUCAAAGUUUCAAGGAAAUGUCCCCAAUAUGACAAGGAAGCAAUAUAUCAAAAUUUAAGAGAGGCAGCUGUGCAAGAUUCUCGCUGUGGGCAGUAUGAGGUUAUUCAAAGAAAGGCAAACUUAUCCCCAAAAUACGACAUUACAGUGUAUGCUAUUGUGACCAACAUUGCAACCUAUGAUAAAGCUGUGGCCAAAGCAUCAUCUGAAGGAGUCGUGUGUAAUGGAGAUGCGAAAAUAAAGAGCGAAAGCUUGAUGUGUAACAGCUCAGAAACUGAUAACAAACCACUGAGAUUUCUCAAAAGGAAACACAGGCUUACUCACAGUCCCAAAACUGCUAACAAGCAACUGAGACUUCUUCAACCGAAAAGUAGGCUUUAAACUUCUGUUAUCCCCAGAAUUUCUGUAAAUAAGAUACCUUUCUUUCCCCUACUAUCUUAGCGCCGUAAAAAGCAUAGAUUAAUUUAAUGGCAGUAAUAAAAGAUAAGUUAUUAUGGUGGGUAUUAUACAAAAUUAGCGUUGCAUAUAGGAGGCUGAGUGAAUUUUGUUAGAUGUAACUCUCAGUCUUGCCGGUUUUCGGAUGUGUAAAUUGGUGGUAAUCGGUGUAAACUCUAUCUCAUGUGCAGGCAUUGCUCUGACAGUUUAAGAUUAUCUUCACUACUCACAACUAUCAUGAGUUUGUUUCC